AUGUCUCGGUCAUCAGUGACUAUGCAUCAACUUUGUCGGCAGAUAAGUCGUGAUAAAGAUAAGUCCUAUUCCGAACUUCAACUGCUAACAAAAUCUCAUAACAUGGUCUUAAUCGGGAGAGACUGGAAUGUGCACGUAGGUCAUAAUGUCGCUGCAAUGAUCUUGACAAUUGGCAAAUAUGGCAUCGGAGACCGAUGCGCCAAUGGUGAACGCCUUCGUUAUGCCGAAGAGUAUGAAUUUUUUGUUGCUAAUACUUGCUUCCGGCAUCGUAAAAAACAUCUAGCCACGUGGAACUCCUCGGAUAACCAACACUUCAACCAGAUUGGUUAUAUCUCAGUCGCAGUUAGAAGAGUUCCGUACUAG